GGAGGCCGAAGAGGCUGGACGACGGCCGGAGGAGGGAGCCAGGCUCAGCGGCCGUGCCUGCCCCGCCGCCCCGCUCACCCCGAGGCUUUACCAUGCUCCGAGCCUUUAGUCACACAAAUGGUAGGUGUGUGUUCCAUCAUGCUAAGUGUUGGCAUCAUCGUAAGUCUGUGCUGGCAAUCAGGAGAGAAGAUGUCAAUGCAUGGGAAAGAAGAGCACCUCUAGCACCAAAGCACAUUAAGGAAUUGACACAGAAGGGGUACAAGGUCUUGGUGCAGCCAUCAAACCGGAGAGCCAUCCACGAAAAGGAUUAUGUCAAAGCAGGUGGCAUUAUUCAAGAAGAUAUUUCUGAGGCUUCUUUGAUAGUAGGUGUGAAGAGACCUCCAGAGGACAAACUAAUCCCUAAAAAAAAUUAUGCCUUCUUCUCUCACACUAUUAAAGCCCAAGAGGCAAACAUGCCCCUUUUGGAUGAGAUUCUGAGACAGGAAAUUCGUCUGUUUGACUAUGAAAAAAUGGUUGAUCAUAAAGGAAUGCGAGUUGUUGCCUUUGGAAAGUGGGCUGGUGUAGCAGGAAUGAUCAACAUUCUACAUGGAUUGGGAUUACGGUUUUUAGCCCUGGGACAUCACACUCCUUUCAUGCACAUUGGGAUGGCACAUAACUACAGGAAUAGCAGUCAGGCUGUGCAGGCUGUACGAGAUGCUGGCUAUGAAAUUUCACUGGGAUUGAUGCCAAAGUCUGUUGGCCCCUUAACAUUUGUGUUUACAGGCACUGGUAAUGUUUCUAAGGGUGCUCAGGAAAUGUUCAAUGCCCUCCCCUGUGAGUUUGUGGAACCACAUGAGCUGAAGGAAGUUUCCAGAUCUGGAGACCUAAGAAAAGUCUAUGGGACAGUGUUAAGUCGUCACCAUCACCUCAUAAGGAAACGUGAUGGACUCUAUGAUCCAGCAGACUAUGACAAACAUCCAGAACUUUACACUUCUCGCUUUAACACUGAUAUUGCACCCUACACAACUUGUUUAAUUAAUGGCAUAUACUGGGAACAACACACUCCUCGCUUGUUAAGUCGGCAGGAUGCUCAGAAUCUGAUGGUGCCAGUUAGAUCUGCUACUGGUGCAACGGAGGGCUGUCCUGAGUUACCACAGAAACUUCUGGCAAUAUGUGACAUUUCAGCAGACACUGGAGGAUCUAUUGAAUUUAUGACAGAGUGUACAACAAUUGACAGUCCAUUUUGUAUGUAUGAUCCUGACCAGCAUAUUAUUCAUGACAGUGUUGAAGGCUCUGGGAUUCUGAUGUGUUCCAUCGACAAUCUGCCAGCACAGCUUCCUAUAGAAUCAACAGAGUACUUUGGUGACAUGCUUUUCCCAUAUAUUGAGGAGAUGCUGUUGUCAGAAGGCUCAGAACCUCUUGAAAAUCAGAAUUACUCACCUGUUGUUCGAGAUGCAGUGAUUGCAUCCAAUGGCUCACUGACACCUAAGUUUGAAUAUAUCCAGAAACUGAGGGAGAGCAGGGAACACGCUCAGUCACUGAAGAUGGGUAAUAAGAAGAGGGUUUUAUUGCUUGGAUCUGGCUAUGUUUCUGGCCCUGUACUUGAAUAUCUCACUAGAGAUUCCAACGUUGUCAUCACAGUUGCAUCUGUCGUGAAGGAACAGCUUGAACAACUGACGAAAAAAUACAGCAAUGUUGCUUCAAUUCAUAUGGAUGUUGUUAAGGAAGAGGAAAAGGUGUCCUCUUUGGUGAAGAAACACGACCUUGUGAUCAGUUUGCUGCCAUAUUCAGUACACCCUUUUGUUGCUAAGAAAUGUAUUGACAACAAAGUGAACUUGGUAACAGCCAGCUACUUAACACCAGCUAUGAAAGAGCUCCAGGAGAGUGUAGAAGCUGCUGGCAUUACAGUUAUCAGUGAAAUGGGUUUGGAUCCUGGUCUAGACCAUAUGUUGGCGAUGGAAUGUAUUGACAAGGCAAAAGAAGUUGGUGCCACGGUUGUAUCCUACACUUCUUUCUGCGGUGGCCUGCCAGCUCCAGAGCACUCUGACAAUCCUCUGAGAUACAAGUUCAGCUGGAGCCCACAAGGAGUGUUGCUGAAUACAGUUCAGUCUGCUACGUAUUUAAAAAACGGAGAGAUUGUCAAUAUUCCAGCUGGAGGAGCAUUACUUGAUUCUGUGACUUCGAUGGAUUUUUUCCCAGGAUUAAAUCUUGAAGGUUUUCCUAACAGAGACAGUACAAAAUAUGCUGAACCGUAUGGUAUUCAGACAGCUCACACUUUGUUGAGAGGCACCUUAAGAUACAAAGGAUACUCUAAAACUAUGGGAGGCUUUGUAAAACUAGGACUGAUUAACCCAGAUCCUUAUCCUUUGCUGAGCUCAACCACACCACUUCUGACCUGGAAAGAGCUUAUGUGCAAACUGGUUGGAAUUAAGUCACCUGCCAAGUACCAAGUUCUUAAAGAAGCUGUGUUUACCAAACUGGAAAAGAACAAAAGUCAGCUGGAGGCAGUGGAAUGGCUAGGCUUACUGGGAGAUGAACCAGUUCCAGCAGCCAAUUCCAUUGUAGGAGCUCUUGCAAAGCACAUGGAGAUGAAGCUGCCCUUUGGCACUGGCGAGAGAGAUAUGAUUGUUAUGAGAAAUGAAAUAGGUCUCAGGCAUCCUUCUGGUCAUUUGGAAGACAAAUCUAUUAAUCUGGUUGUCUAUGGUGACAACAAAGGAUAUUCUGCAAUGGCUAAAACAGUAGGAUACCCCACAGCUAUUGCUGCUAAGAUGGUUCUAGAUGGUGAAAUAGAUGCCAAAGGGAUGGUUAUACCAUUGACAAAGAAUGUUUAUGGACCAAUACUUGAACGUGUUCGGGCAGAAGGCAUUGUGUACAGUACUCACAGUGUUAUCAAACAGUAACUGCAAACAAUGGAUUGAAUCAGGUUUUAGCUUUGUUUGGUGUCCUCCCCUUUAAGAAUCUGAGUUUGGACCAGCUAAAGGCAUUUCACACACAAAUGAUGCCUUCUGCAAAACCAGUUAUUUGACUGUGCUGUAGAAACUGUAGAUACCCAGUUGCAUAAAUUGUGGUAUUUUCCUCUUAGAACUGUUACACUUUCACAUACAUGUUUCAGCAACAAUCAGAUCUUUCCUAAUAUCUUUCCUAAAAUAUCUUGGGAGAGGUUUUUUUUUUUGUUUUGUUUUUAUUAAUAGAAUUUAUCUUCUAAGUGUGUUAGUACUGAGACAAAUAUAAGCUGACAGAAGAUUUGAUUAGUGGAUUAUUUUUGGUGGAGAGGUCUGGUUAAUGAAUUCCAUUGAUUAAAUUUGAUUGUUCAUGUGGUAAAAAUAAAUUUUCAGAAUAACAGAGAUGAAAGUGAUACUUAAAUUUUAGGUCUUGUCCUUUUCCUUUGACAGUAUUUGUGAAUGUUUUCACAAUAACAAUAUGCAAGAAAUAGUUUAGGAAUUCUGCACUACCAGCAAAUAAGGUCCUGUCAAACCUUCAAAUGUUCAGUGGUUAAAUAAUUGAAAUCUAGAUAUUAGGAUUUUUUAAUACUUUUCUUAUGAAUGUAAACUUAAGUGGAGGAAAGAGGAAGUUUAAGACAGGCCUUCUCCCAUACCCUUUCCUGUUACAGAGUGGAAGCUGGUUGCAAUGUGUUGAAAUCCCUGCUGUUACUGUUGCCUUGUGCUGUGAAGAGAGCACAUUAACAUUUAGCUCUACAUCUAGAAAAGGUGUUCUGAAAUACCACACAGUUAAUGUGCUUGGCAGCCACUGAGUGACGUUUACUCUUUCCACUCACACCCUGUGCCUUGUCCAGGUUAAGUACUGUUACAAAGGGAAUAGACUGGGUAGUAUAAGCAGCUUUGAAAUGCAGUAGGCUUAGAGGUUUAAAUCACUACUUUUAAGUUAGCUUCUGUCCUUCUGCUAUCAUGUUUUUCAAGUGGCCAUUUGGGCACCUGUCCAUACUACUCAGUACAGUGCCACUUUAGACUGACUUAUUUGAUGCUAAGUGCUGUGCUGCACAGACAUGCCAGCCCAGCUCUAGAAGCAGUUUAGCCUCAUCAGCCAGAAAUGAACUUUAGCUUGAGUGCAGCUUCUCUCUGACAACACAGCAGUUGCCUCCUUCCAGUUCAGGGCUGCUUUGCUCAGGGAUUUCUACACCACAUUGCAAUGCAAGCCUGGCUUCACCCAUUAGGCCUGUGAGGUGUAAUGCUGUGGGCAGGUACAAUUUGCACUGGUACCUGUGCAGCUGCCUGGAGCUCCCCUUUUCUAAAGCUGAAUACUGAUGCUGGAAGCUGACUGCUUUCAGUUUUGCUCACAAGUGCACUUUGCUUAUUAAUGCACAGCCUUUUACCUCCUGAGAAGUAUAGUGCUGUUAUCAUGGUUCUGAGGGCCUGAGAUUCCAGGUGUUUCUCUUCCUGGCAGGACAAGCAGACAUAACAAUAGCUGAAGUUUUGAUAUCCAAGUUGUGCUACUCAGGAUUUGGAUUUUUUUUGGUGUAGGCAUAAUGAAGUAGCAUUCAACAACAAAUGAAGUAGCACCCUCAACAACGAGGGUGAAAUGAGCCAAAGGAAGAAGGAAGAAUAAAGGGACAAGUAUUAUUAUUGAGGAGGUUUUUUUAUGCUGAAUCACUGAAUGCUUUUGUGCUGUCAAAUUUGGGAUCUGUUACUGUGCCAUGCACGUUCUGAAUAUUGGAUGAAAUCCUGGCUCCACUAUGUUGCUUUUCUUACCACUGCCUUUACAGGCUGUUUAUCUGUUGUAUGGCUGGUACGUGCAGCUGGGGUAAGGAUGGAGCCUCCAUCGAAGGGUUAAAAUUAGACCUGUAUCUGCUGGUUCUUUCCAGUCCAGUGCUUGGUGAGACCAGGAUUUCACUCAAGAAUUCUUUGUUCCCUUAUUUAUCCCACAAGUACACAACCAUGGAGUUGUGACUCCUUAUAAGCAUUCACCUUGCUUGCUUUUCUGCCUAUGAAUUGCAAUUUUUUACAGGUAUAUUAUCUCUUUGGGGCACUAAGAGAAUGAGCACUACUGAAUGUAUUCUUCAAGAAACACUGCUACUAUUUUUUAAAUGUUUUAUAUCAGAAUGUAUUUCUGUUUCCCAGUGCAAUGCUGCUUUUUGGUUUCUAAGUUUAGACUGAAAUGAAUUUAUUGCUCAGCUCUUUGUAUGAUGAUUAGACUUCUUAAAUCUCUUGGCAUAUUACUGGAGAAAUAAUUGUAUCUUAUACACACUACUGCUUAAAAAAUAAAUCCAAAAUCCUA